AUGACUACGCAUCUCGUCGGCCGGGAGGGCCCUGACUUCAAGAGUGUUAGAAGUAGAGCAGCAGAAGAUAGCCAACACAGCGACGGUGGAGUGAGAAGAUGUUCGUGCUCCGAAGAAGUAAAAAGAGCUUGCGAUGCGAAAAAAGAUGCAAGUGCUAGUGACGAAAGAUUCAGCCAUCUUGAAGGCUUCAAGCGACUGAACCGAAGCCGCAAGAGCUAUCGCACCGAAUUGCUCUUCAAAGCAGUGAAGUGCCGCAAAAUAUCCUUAAUUCAAGGAUUAUUAGAACGCGGCGUACGCAUCAAUGCGUUGAAGAAGCAAAGCUAUGAAAAUUUUUACACUCUAUUGAUGGUUAACGCCAUCAACGGUGACAGUGAAAUUACCAGGAUGCUCAUCCGCGCCGGCUGCCGGCUCAACACCACAAGUUUGGGAGACUGCACGGCGCUACACCUCGCCAUUGAACUUCAUAACCGCGGCAUCGCUGCGGAGCUCAUCGCAUCCGGUGCCGAUACGAAUAUCAAAACAGCCAGAGGCUGCACUGCCUUGCAUUUGGCGGUAGUUGGCUCGACCAACAUCGACCGGUACUUGAAGGAAACUGAGACGUAUAUGAGAAAAUGUCCAUAUAAUUUAUUCAAUGAUCUGCCAGACGCCAAGAAGUUUCAAAGCUCAAUCGUUCAGGCAAGAAUAAGCAGAACAAUUCAACAACUUUACGCUGGUGGCCAAGAACGCCGCGUUUGCCUCUAUAUAGUAAACAUGUUGCUUAACGCCGGGGCCGACGUGAACUCGAAGGACAAUAAUGGCUGCGCGCCGAUUCAUUACGCCGCGUGCACGGGUAGCCCUGAGCUGAUGAAAAUUCUCAUCGAAGCCGGUGCAGACGUCGACAGCCAGAACAACGUCGGCGCCACAGCCUUGCACAUCGCAGUAUUGUUUUGCGACGAGAUGAUGGUAAAUAUUUUGUUGAGCAGCGGCGCUAGCGUCGCCGCUAAGACUCAAAAAGAGGGCAACACUGCCCUACACUGGGCUGUGACGCUCAACAACGACUUCAACAGACACGCGAACAUCGUGAGAAAUCUCCUGGAUUUUGGCAGUGAUGUCAAUCAAAGGAAUGCGCUCAACGAGACCAUCAUCGCCGUAGCAUUGGGAGACGUCACCCAAAGCUUAGUCCUCGAGCAUGUGGCCGAGAUGGAGGCCAGGGAGAACAGGACGAUGUUUGACAAACACAGCCAGCUGGAUAUGAACUGGAGGAACAUUCAUAACCAUUAUGAAGAAUUACUUAUCCAGCUUGCAGCCAUGAACAAGAACAAAAUUGGUAACACACUCAUAACUUAUUUCUUCGUAUUAACGGAGUCGCUCGAAGUAGUGAAUCUUUUGGCGAAUAAUAAAGAUUUUAUAGAGGAGUUCGAGGCUAGCGAUUAUCGAACUAGAUAUCCCAAUUAUGCUGAGCGUUUGAGGAAAAAAGUUGAGGCUGCUAAACGCAUAGAAAGGAGCGUAAAGUGGCCGUGCGAAGUGGACAUAAGCAGCAAUAUCUAAUAUGAAAUGGAACGCACACCGAGGCAUAUUUCUACUAGGCACGCGGAAGUAGUAAAUAUUCCAGUCCGUAUGUAAUAACUGAAGAUUUUUUUUAAAUA